AUGAAGCAUGUCCUUAAACAACAAGGUCUAAGCAAAGUCUUGGGAGGCAAAGAAAAGAAGCCGACAACCAUGACAGAUGCGGAUUGGGAGGACCUAGACAAGCUUGCUAGAGGAUCCAUUGAACAACAUCUAACCGACGAGAGGAUGGAUGAGGUUUAUAAAUCUGAACACAAGGCUAUGAUGUUAUUGACAUACCUACCAUCGUCUUAUAAACAUUUGCGGAUGAUGCUUAUGUUCGGGAAGAGAACCUUGAAGCAUGAAAAGGUCAUGCAAGACAUCUUGACGAAUGACAUAAUGGUUCAACAUUUUGAAGUUGUCUCUCAAGGUGAAAGGCUUGUAGGAAAGUCUGGAAGAGAGGUUGAUUCAGAAAGCGUGAUGGCAAGAAGAACAAUAGGGGAAGAUCAAAUCCAAGUUUAA